AUGGUGUGUGGUGUGGUACUGUGGUGACCCAAAUGUCAAAUUUCACAAAUCAGUCGGUCAAGCAGGCAGAUUGAUUUUCUUUUCUUUGAGCAACACGACAUCAGAAGCCAGAAGCGAAGAAGUAACAAAUUUUUGUAACUAUUCAUUCAGAAAUACCAGUGACUAUAUAGAUAAAAUGUCUGACUGGGACACAGUUACAAUACUUCGUAAAAAACCACCAAAAGCAUCUGCAUUGAAGACUGAACAGGCUGUAAAUGCUGCACGCCGUCAAGGUUUACCAGUUGACACCCAACAAAAAUACGGUGCAGGAACGAAUAAACAACAUGUAACUACAAAAAACACUGCGAAACUUGAUAGAGAGACUGAAGAAUUACGACAUGAGAAAGUGCCCCUGGAUCUAGGAAAACUUAUAAUGCAAGGUCGGCAAGCAAAAGGAAUGAGCCAGAAAGAUCUAGCUACAAAAAUAUGUGAAAAACCGCAAAUAGUCAAUGAUUACGAGGCUGGCCGUGGUAUUCCGAAUAAUAUUGUUCUCGGUAAAAUUGAAAGAGCAAUUGGAAUAAAACUACGAGGAAAGGAUAGAGGCCAACCACUACAGCCUCCUGGAGGAAAGAAAUAACGGAUUCCCUGGGAGGCGAAGACUUUAUCCGAUUGAUUUAUUGCAUAAUAUAAUAUUUCUUUUUGCUGUUAAAAGAGUUAAAUUGUGUAAUGUAAAACCUAACAUUGUGAAAAAAUGAUGUAAGCAUUUAUAUUUUUUUCCUCUGGAAUGUUCCAUUGUGUUACCAUUCUGAAAAUUACAUUAUUUCAGUGAGAAUGGAUGUGAUAUGCAAUAAACAAUAUAGAUUUUUUAUGAGA